CUCCGGUCCCAGUUUAAAAAGUAGACCGCGGAAAGAUCAGAGUCAACAACGGGAGCUACGUUAGCGACAGCGUUUCGAUGUUUUCCACUUUAAAUACAGUGUGUGGAGAAUAAAAGAAACAGAAGAUGAUGGAGUCAUGUUUUGCCGGGAAGCCGGAGAGAGUCGGCCCCGUGGAGGUGGAUGACCUGAGGAGAGACCUGCUGGGUGAAUUUGCUGCUCUGCCAGCGCAGCAGGAAAGCGUUUCCUCACAGUCGGAGAACCUGCAGGUUUACCUGAGGGUUCGACCGUUCACUGCAGCCGAGAGCGAGAACGGAGAAGCACAGGACUGUGUGACCAUCGAGGGGUUGGACACUGUGGUCCUCAAGGCUCCCAGGAGCUGUCAAUCAAACCGGCAGAGCGACAAGUCCCUCCCACAAACAGCCCAGAGAUUCACUUUUACGCAGGUGUUUGAUCCAGAGUCCAGUCAGAGGAAGGUGUUUGAGGGUUCAGUUCGUGGCUUGGUCCGAGAUGUUCUCCAGGGAGGAAACUGUCUGGUCUUCACUUACGGAGUCACCAACGCUGGAAAAACCUUCACGUUCCUCGGUCCGGACCACGACUCUGGUCUGCUGCCCAGGUCCCUGGCCGUCAUCUUCAACAGCAUCGAGGGCCGUCUGUACACUCGAAACGACCUGAAGCCCCAGCGCUGCAGAGACUUCAGCAGACUGACUCCAGACCAGCAGUCAGCAGAGAGCAGCAGCAAGAAGAACCUGCUGAGGCUGCUCAAAGAGAACGACAGAAAUCUGACGUCUGGAAGAUCAGCUUUUCUUGAAGGCUCGUCUCUGAACUCUGACAGCAGCCUGAACAGCGUCUCAGAGGCCGACAGUUUCUGUUUGGACGUCAGCUCAAACGUCCGUUUCUCUGUCUGGGUUUCAUUCUGUGAGAUUUACAACGACAACAUCCACGACCUGCUGGAACAGGUUCCCAGUGGACACGUUAAGAGGACGGUGCUGCGACUGUCUCAAGACAUUAAAGGAAACUCCUUCAUCAAAGACCUGCGCUGGGUCCAGGUGAACAGCUCCGAGGAGGCCUACAGGGUGAUGAAGAUCGGGAAGAAGAACCAGAGUUUCUCCUGCACCAAACUCAACCAGCUGUCCAGCAGGAGCCACAGCAUCUUCUCCAUCAGGAUCCUCCGAGUGGACGACGUCGGAGUUCCCAGAGUCCUCGGCAUCAGCGAGCUGGCUCUGUGUGACCUGGCCGGAUCGGAGCGCUGUUCCCGGACCCACAACACCGGGGAGAGGCUGAAGGAGGCGGGGAACAUCAACAGCUCUCUGCUGACGCUGGGGAAGUGCAUCAACGCCAUGAGGCUCAACCAGAACGCCAAGUUCCAGCACCACAUUCCCUUCAGGGAGUCCAAGCUCACCCACUUCCUGCAGUUCUUCUUCGGUGGUGCCGGCCGAGUCUGCAUGGUGGUCAACAUCAACCAGAACUCGUCCUGCUUCGACGAGACGCUCAACGUCCUCAAGUUCUCCGCCCUCGCACAGAAGGUGGUGCUGUUGAACUCGAGGCCGGCCGUCCUGGACGACGACGCCCCCCACAGGUCGGCCAUGGAGCUGUCCAUGCUGAUCGACGAGGCCGACCGGCGCAGGAACGGGUCGGGUCGGGGCAGGAAGAGCUCGAUGGUCGCAUGGGAGACGAGUCUGGAGGAUUUACUGGAGAAUGAGGACGACGACGGCGAAGAGUGGGAGGAGGAGGAGGAGGAGGACGAGGAGGAGGAGAGUGUGAUGGAGGGAACGGUGCUGGAGGCAGGAGGUGAAGGGGACAGGACCAUGGAGGAAGAGCAGAAGUCGGACCGAGAGGCGGCGCUUCGCCUGGUUCUGGAGGCUCAGAUCAGAGAAGAAGUCAGCGCAGAGUUCAUGGAGCUGUUCACGAAGAUGGAGAAAGACUACAGUGAUCGUCUGGAGAAGGAGAGGGAGAUCCUGGAGGAACGAGCUGAGAAGAGAGUGGAGAUCCUGAAGAACCUGGUCAACAAGACGUCCGACCCGUCUGCUGUCGACGCUGUCGCCGCUGACUCCAGACAGGAGGAACAGGCGGCUCUGCUGGAGGGAAUCAUCAGCUCAGUGACCGAGGACCUGCAGAAGAUCCGACAGGACGCUCAGAGCGUCCACCACUGUCUGACCGAACAAGCACACACUGCAGAGCUGGAGGCGCUGCGAUUGGAGAAUCAGCAGUCACGUGAUCAACUACAGGAAACCAAAGAGACUGUGGAGCAGCAGCGUCAGAAGUUGUCGGAGCUGAUGGAAACGUGUCGGCAGAAGGACGACGUCAUCGUUAAACUGCAGUCGGCCGUGGAGAACGUCACCAGAGACGAGGCUCAGAGGAGGAAAGAAGGAGGUUCGGACAAAGAGGAGACCAGGAAACGACAGCAUGACUCCAUGGAAGAGGAGGAGGAGAGAGGAGGACACGCCAAGAGGAGAGCCGUUCUGGAGGAGGAGAUCUGGAGGCUGCAGGAGGAAAACGACAAGAAGGAGGAGACCAUCGCUGAGCUGAGAGAGAGGGAGGAGAGGGGGAGGAUCCUGGAGGAGGAGCUGGAGACAGAGAGGAGGAGGCUGGAGGAGGAGCUGAGGAGACGGGAGGAGGAGGUGGAGGAGCUGAAGAAGGAGCAGGUGUCUCUGGAGCAGAGGGUGAAGACGCUGACAGAUCUGGACCAGUGUCCAAACUGUGACUCCGUGUUCUCGUCUCUGGAGCUGGAGCAAAGAGAAACAGCUCGACUCCUCAAGGAGAACAAAGCUUUGGUUAACGGCAUCUUCCAGCUACAGACCGAGGUGUCCAGUCUACAGACUCACCUCCAGGAGCAGAGCCAGAGGUCUGACAGCCUAUCAGAGGAGGUCAGUGUCACUAGGACCCGCCUCCAGGACGUGGAGAGCCAAUCAGAGGAGAAGAACAAGUCCCUGGUCAGUCUGACACAGGAAGUGGAGCGACUGAGGCAGGAGGUCAAGGAGGAGGAGGGGAGGAGUGUUUUCCACGCUGCCCUGGAGGAGCUGAAGAAGGAGAGCCAUGCAGCUCUGGAGAGAUGUGCUCAGAAAACCCAACAGAUCCAGGAGCUGCAGAAAGAGAAGAGGCGACUGGAGGCGGCGCUGAAGAUCAGGUGCGGUGAGCUGAGGGAGGAGCUGACCAAUCAGAGAGCAGCGUUCACCCAGCAGCUGCAGAGCCUGAGGGCGGAGCUUGAGUCUGAGGGCGGAGCUCUGCGAGGGAGACUGGAGGAGAUGAGGAGAUCAGAGGAGGAGAGGAGGAGGAGGGAGGAGGAGGAGAGGGAGACGAAGACAGAGCUACAAAGAGUCGUAGCAGAGAAGGAGAAACUCCUGGAUGAGACGCAGACUCUGAGACGAGAGCUUCAGCAUCUGAAGGAGGAGCUGCAGAGGAGGAAGGAGGAGGAGGAGAAGGAGAACAGAGUGGUGGAGGAGAGGAAGGUGUCUGUGGUGGAGGAGCUGAAGGAGGAGAUCCAGAAACUCCACAAGAGGAGGAAGGAGGCAGGAGGGAGGAGGAGGGAGGAGCUUGAGGAGGUGAAGAACGAGAUUGAGCGGCUACAGGAACCGGCUCCUCUCGGAUCCAAAAUGGCCGACGGGAAGAAAACCCCCGGGAGGAAGAGGAAGAGCUGCGAGGUGGAGGAUCUGGUCUUCAGCGAGAACAAGAGGAACAAAAGGAGAGGAAACACUCGCAGCAACAAACAGGACAAGAGAGACGGAGUUCUACAGAAGACGAAGGAGCUGAUCCACAGUUCUCCGUCCAUCCUCAGCAGUAAAGCUAAAACCAUCAUGGGUCUGGUGAGCGGACGGUCGGUGGAGAAGGAGAACGUAACCACGGCAACCCGGCGAGGACGCAGGAAGCUGUACGGGACGGACGCCUCGUCUCAGCUGCUGGACUCUCCCGUCCUGACGUUGGGAGGAGACGAGGACAAAGAGAGCGACCAUGUCAUCAUCAGGAGACAGCUACGCUCCAAGACCUGCAGGAAGUGACAUCAUCACUGGGAGACGAGUUUGUAGUUUUUAUUUUUACUUUUAUUUUUAUUUUGUGUUUUCGGGGUCAAUAAAAAACUGUGACGCAAACAGUCUUUUUCAAUUCAUGGAAAAAAUAAUAAAAAGUGAUUCCCCGA